UUCCUUUGUUCAGUCUAUGUCCCGAUGUGCACGGAGAAGAUUAACAUCCCCAUAGGUCCCUGCGGUGGCAUGUGCCUCUCUGUCAAGAGAAGAUGCGAACCCGUGUUAAAAGAAUUCGGAUUUGCCUGGCCGGACAGCCUAAACUGUAGCAAAUUCCCACCCCAGAAUGAUCACAACCACAUGUGCAUGGAGGGCCCAGGAGACGAAGAGGUUCCCCUUCAUAGCAAGACCUCCCUGCAGCCAGGAGAAGAGUGCCACAGCAUGGGAUCUAAUUCGGAGCAGUACAUCUGGGUGAAGAGGAGCCUGAACUGUGUCCUGAAGUGCGGCUACGAUGCUGGUCUCUACAGCCGGUCAGCUAAGGAAUUCACAGAUAUCUGGAUGGCCGUGUGGGCCAGUCUCUGCUUCAUCUCAACUGCCUUCACAGUCCUGACCUUCCUGAUUGAUUCAUCCAGAUUUUCCUACCCGGAGCGCCCAAUCAUAUUUUUAAGCAUGUGCUACAAUAUUUAUAGCAUUGCUUAUAUUGUGAGGCUAACUGUGGGCCGGGAAAGGAUAUCCUGUGAUUUUGAAGAGGCAGCAGAACCUGUUCUUAUCCAAGAAGGUCUUAAGAACACAGGAUGUGCUAUAAUUUUCUUGCUGAUGUAUUUUUUUGGGAUGGCUAGCUCCAUCUGGUGGGUUAUCCUGACACUGACGUGGUUUCUGGCUGCAGGACUCAAGUGGGGCCAUGAAGCUAUAGAAAUGCACAGCUCUUAUUUCCAUAUUGCAGCCUGGGCUAUCCCUGCCGUGAAGACCAUCGUCAUUUUGAUUAUGAGACUAGUAGACGCAGACGAGCUCACCGGUCUGUGCUACGUGGGGAACCAGAACCUAGACGCGCUGACAGGCUUUGUCGUCGCUCCGCUUUUUACCUACCUGGUCAUUGGGACUUUAUUCAUUGCAGCAGGACUCGUGGCCUUAUUUAAAAUCAGGUCUAAUCUCCAGAAAGAUGGAACUAAAACUGACAAACUGGAAAGGUUGAUGGUCAAAAUUGGUGUCUUUUCGGUGCUGUACACUGUCCCAGCAACGUGUGUCAUCGCCUGUUAUUUCUACGAAAUCUCCAACUGGGCCGUUUUCCGCUACUCGGCAGAUGAUUCCAAUAUGGCAGUGGAGAUGCUCAAAAUCUUCAUGUCCCUCCUGGUGGGUAUUACAUCAGGUAUGUGGAUCUGGUCAGCCAAAACUCUGCACACAUGGCAGAAGUGCUCCAACAGACUGGUGAACUCAGGGAAAGUGAAACGGGAGAAGAGAGCAGAUGGUUGGGUGAAACCUGGGAAAGGGAACGAGACCGUGGUAUGA